GGAGAUUCUAAUCGCGGCACAGUCCAUGCAAAUCAACCUGGAAUAACAUUUGGAAUAUUUUUUCUCUAUAGGCCAAAGGAAUAUUAUCUUUAUGAUUUACUGGAUUAUAUCUACCGAAUGAACCGUCGAAAGUUCAGACAUUACAGUCUACCUCGGCCUUUGUACAAGUAAGUCAUUUAAUUAUAUUUACAUACUCUCUGUACUGUGUACAAGGAAAUUUAAAUGCUACUCCUGACCGAGCGACAAAACGUUGCAGUGUUUUAAAUUUUUGGGGCAAAGUUCAAAUCUCAUACAUAUUAACCCAUAUGAGUCAAGAUUUAGGAACAGUUAUUUUUUUAGACUUUUACGGUUAGAAUUAGGGUUUAGGGUAUUAGGGUUAGGAUUAAGAUUAGGGUUAAGUUUAAAAUACAAAAGAAUACAAAAUUACAGAAGUCUAAAAAUAGUAACUCUUCCUAUAAAACGUAACAGGUAUAUAUUAACCCAUUGAGUGCUAGCGCUAUACCUUUGACGAGUAUAAAAUCGUCUGGCAUUAGAGUAAAAUAAUAAAAUAGGGCGCAUUAGGACGCAAUGCAAUUACUUAAUCGGUUAAAAUCUAGGAAAGCUAUGUUGCCCCCUAAAUAGAUGGUAAAUGGUGUAUGGAAUACCACAUUUUGCAGUCAUAGACUGAAUUCAAUGUGCAUAGCACAAAAUUAAAAUUAGGUAAUAUCAUUCUCUCCUCUUUCCCACUCUUCUUCGACGUUUACCAUUUACAAUCUCUAUAUAAUUUUAGUGCUGUAGCCUGGGCAGCGGAACAAAGUAUUUUUGACCCACGUCUAACACGGGAUAUGUUGUUUAGGGUAUGUACUAUAUAUGGACAAAAUUAUAUUUUUCAUUGAUAAGAUUUCAUUGUGGUACAACAGUACAUUAUUAUAUGGCAAGGCGGUCCAUCUGCAAAAUGCUUAAUUUUGAUUGGUUCCCGAGAGGUCGGUAAGCGACAGUACGGACCGCUGACUGAUCUCGUAUAGGCCUAAUUCCACUACGAGCGAAGUGCGAAAAAUUUCGCGCGAAAAGGUUGAACGUAUGCGCAACAUGAUUUUUGAGUGGUUCUCUGUCUGCGAAAUGUUUCUCUUCGCCGGGUAGUUGAAUUCGUUUCUAUUCCGUUGCAAAAUGGAAAUAGCGAAGCCAAUCAAAUGCUUGUACUGUGGAAAUCACUGACGAGAGAAAAUUUUCGCCCAAGUGUGUGUUCGCAAGAAUUUUUUUGCAUUUCGCUCGUCGUGGAAUUAGGCCUUGAGAUGGAUCGCUGGCGACGAGAAAUCUGAAUUUUAUGUGUGACUUUGGUAAGUUUUAAUAAUAUCAUAUCUUACUAUUCUACUCUACUUUGUGUUGAAGCGCUGUUUACAUACAUCUAUAAGAGCGCUGUUUAUGAGUCAGUCGCUUAAAUGAACUAAAGUGAACUUGGACUGGUCUGUUGUCGACUUUUUAUAUAUUUUAAUAUAUCUGACAUUAUUGUUUUAUCUUUUUCAAAAAUUGUUUACCGAAAUUUAAAAUCAUCAUGCGUUUUUAAAUGUUAAAAUCCAUAAACAUUGACAUGUUUUUCAAAGAAUGACAAAGAACAAAGAAAUAUAAAGAAAGAAAUUUUCUGUUUUGACAUUGAGUUAUGUCAACACAGCUCUUAGCCAACCAGUGUUCAGAAUUUACAAAUGCUAUAUAAUUAUAAAGAGCGCUUCCAGUUGACCUGGAAAUGAGCUCAUGAAGGAUAUCCGCGGAAGACAACUUAAAACGAAUCACAUCAUAAAGUGUGGAAUAAUGCACUCCCGUUUCGUUCAGAAUAUCAUGUUGAGCAUUUUUUUGGUAUAGGAUAAUAGGUACAAGAGAUAUAAUGUGCACUUAAUAGAUAGCUUAAGAUCUACGACGCCGACGUCAGCUAGGACGUCAGGGCUAACCAGAGGACUGGGACUAGGACGUCGUCCUAAAUAAAUAAAUUCCACUUUAGAUUCACGACGUCGACAUUUAAACUAUACAUAUUUACAUUCUUUUGAAAAUGAUUCUUAAAGAGACACAUGAAUUCAUUACAGUUUGCUAUGCUAUUGUAUUCACGACGGUAAAACUGUUGUUAUGAGGUUGUCGAUGUUUGGUGGACGACGAGCAAAUUGAAAGAGACACAUGCACACUUUAAAAACUAUUACCAAUCUACUUUCGCUUGCCGCCCUAAAUAUUUGACGUCGUAGAUACUUGAGCUAUCUAUUUAUUUAGGACGACAUCCUAGUCCCAGUCCUCUGCUUAGCCCUGACGUCCUAGCUGACGUCGACGUCGUAGAUCUUAAGCUAUCUAAUGUCUCCUUCCAAAGGAAAUAUUUUGUUUUGUUUUCCCAGGAGUUUCAACACUAAGAUUCGAGGGAAAACAAAGCAAACUAUUUCCCGAGGGAACAGACAUUCAAUGCUUUUUUUUAUAUAGAGACGAAAAAAAAUAUAUACAGUUAUACUUCAUGAAUUAAAUUCUUUAAUGUAAAUUAUUUUAACAGUAAAAGAACCUGCUAAAAGUUUUUUUAACAGCAUUUCCUGCUACCUGUUGAGUAUUGUACUCCCCUGUUAAGUACUGUAUUAUUUUUGUAAAAUGGAAAAACUUUCUUUCUGAAUUUUUACUCCAUAUUGAGCAAUUAUGUACCUAGCUGGUCAGAGCGUGGAACAAUUUUUCACUUGUUGUCCUGCGGGAUCAGCCAAUCACGUUUAGUUCAAGCACUAGUUAUAUCAUAAUGAGUAUUUGUAUAAUCUGUUAUAAAGGACUCUUAGGAUAAUUUGGUAUGGGGUAGAACCCAUUUUCUUUCCUAUUAUAUGACGAAUAAUUUAUAUUUUGUAUUAUUCCAAAAGUAGGCAUAUAUUGCUUAAUAUAUCAUUGUUCUUCAUACAGCAAUUCAAUACGGAUGAACUUACUCAAGGUUUGCCAAGACUUGAAGAUCUUGGAGUUGAGCCCACAGCUGUAGAUACAGCGGCAAUUACUGUAUUACGACGUCAUCGUGAUUUAUGGACAUUUGAAGAAGCUUUGGACGAGGAGGAAAUAUGUAAACCAACCAGUGCUUAUGCUUGA